CCAAACCUAUAUAAGUAUCAAGUACUUAUCGAUGUAUCGACAGUACAAUCAGUGUUUUGCCAGCUCUAGCACAACUAAUUACUGGAAAAAAAUAAACAAAACGAAACGAAAUAAAUGAAGUAAAACUAUUGCCAACUGAUCAACUAGUAUGUAAAAAUGUUGAACUAUAUCAAAAGGCAGACGAGCCGAAGACGAAACUCGCACGACACAGAUGCCAACGCGCACAAUGAUGAUGUGGUCGAUGCGGCAACGGCACAAAAGCGUCACUCUUUACGUUCAACAACAAGUUUCUGUGAUGAGGUGUUCCUGGAGGAGGAGGGCGCAGAGCUAGCGGACAAGUCGGAUGCAAUUAGCUUGGGCAAUAACAGUUUGCUAAGUGUUUUGGGCGCUCUCGCUGACAAAGAUAUAUUCGCGUACAACUCUCGUCUCUCCAUGACGCUAACUGCCAUAGUGAGCGAACCUGAUUGCUUAAGUUAUUUUGUGCAGUAUUUGGAGACACAAAACGCGCUGCCUUUAAUUAAAUUCUAUUUAGACAUAGAAAACUUUAAACGCGCUGCCUUAUCGCAACUACAGCGAGAGCCAGAGGAGCAGCAGCCAUCGGAGGCACAACAGUCUGUGGAUACCACUGUAGUGAAUGAGGAAAACGAUGUACCUGAACUUAAAACCCUCUGCGAUUUGUCCAUGCGCAAACCGCUUACAGAUGACGAAAAGAGUCGCAUCUAUGCGGAGACAAACGCACAGAUUAACAACAAGCCCACACUAUGUGGCAAAAACGAACAGCGCGCUAUAAGUGAAGCAAGCAUAAAUGAUGCAAUUUCUAUUUAUCAAAAGUAUUUGAUUGUAAAUGCACCGCAGCUAGUGGAGUUGCCCAUAGGUAUAUUGGCGCAUAUUUCGCUAUUACUGUGCAACAAGGACAAACCGCAGCAGUCCAUACCUGCGAGCUGUUUUGACGAGGCUCGCGACUAUGUGCUACAACAGCUGGAAAGCAAGUAUUUGCCGGGCUUUCUGCAAAGCAUCUACUAUUGCAAAUACUGCUUGGAGCUAAUCGAGAACAACGAAAUUAACAUUUACGAUGUGCUCUUUGCUGAGCUGGCGCUAUUUUAUCUUACCGAGUAUUUGGAGCAGCAGCAGGAGCGUGAGUGCUUGGAGUUUUGGAUAACUGCUAUUAAUUUUCGCAAGAGCUAUGAAGAUCAGCGGGCUGCACAAUCCGACGCGAUGAUAAUCUAUGAGCGCUACUUUAGCCUGCAGUCGGAUUGCCGUUUGUGGAUGUCACAAAAGCUGCGUCUGCGCGUGGAGCAGGCAAUCUGUGCACCAGGACAGCUGUCGCAGGCGUUUGAUCUCGCGCUGCUGGUUACCGCCAAGUAUUUGGAGCAGAAGCACUUUGUUAACUUUCUCAAAUCCAACAUUUUUGAUAACUAUGUAAAUGAGCUUAAAGCCAAAAGCUGCUGCCAAACGCCGCUAGAUUCUACAAAUGUCAACAGUCUGCAGCAUAAGCUGAGCCUGCGUCGUCCCCAAGGCAUGUCCACGCAGAAGCAGCAGCGUCAUCGCAAAGCCAUGUCCAUGUCGGAUUGCACGCACAUUUCACAGCACAAUACAUUGCUGGCCGGACUGGACACUGUACCUAAGCAAAACAAGCAGACGACAGCAGCCAACAUGAACAUCGAUGCGCGGCAGUUAACCAAUCCACAGUUGCUGUGGCAGCGACCAACUAGUGCGCUUAAAUUUGGCCAUGUCAAUGCACUGGGCAGAUACGAGCGAGACUUUGAGUCUGUGGAUGGGCAUCGAACGGCGAAUUGGUCGCUGAGUGUUAAGAAUGCUGUGAGGAAGCUGGUGAACAUGCCGCAGGAUAAUGUGCAGGAGGAGAUUGCCUGGCAGGUGGCUGAAAUGAUAGUAAAGGAUGUCACUAGCGUCACUUUGCAAAGCAAACCUUAAAGCACUUCCAUUUCAUUUGAAUUUAUAUUUAUAUCUAUGCGAAUUUUUAAGCGCUCAAAUUAAUUUUAUUUUUGUUGCGAAUCUCAAAUUGAAACGAAACUGUCUCUCAACAAUGCAAGAAUGCUCUCUAUCUUCUCCGUUGCUCUCUAUUCCAUUUGUUGUACAAAUUUAUUGAACAAUUAUUUAUUACUCACUUAUUGAAGCAUAAUAACUUAAUAACUAAGUUAACCAACUCUAAAGAGCGGCUGUAAGUUGUAUUGAAAGUUGAACUUUCUCUUGCUUACGCGCUCUGUCUCUCUUUUUUUAUCUCUAUCUUUAACUCUAGCUAUCAGUUGUUAUGUAAAGCGCACUCACAAGUUGAAAUCAAAUGCUAACACACGUUUCCUUGAUUUUGUACCUAUCAUAAUAAUAAUAACACAACAUAUAUAUUAUCCGUAAGCAAUCGUAGGAGUGUAAGCUCUAUAUUUGAAUUUAUGCUUUCAUUCCGCAUUAUUGUUUUAUACACAAAAACCAUAAAUUUAUAUAUACAUAUAUUGCU